UGUGUGUGCGAAAACAGAAUAUAUCGGAGCUUACUUCGUUGUACGUGCGUUAGAUUCAUUUCCGUUUACUGGCGUUGGUCAUCAUUUUGGGCAUGAUGAACAACAGCAGUGGUGAUGAGCAAGUUGAGUGUCCACUGUGCAUGGAGCCGCUAGAGGUGGACGAUCUGAACUUCUACCCCUGUACCUGUGGAUAUCAGAUCUGUCGCUUUUGCUGGCACCGGAUCCGCACGGACGAGAACGAGCUGUGUCCGGCGUGCCGGAAAGCGUACCCGGAAAACCCGGCCGACUUUACGCCCUUGUCGCAGGAGCAGAUUGCUGCGUUUAAGGCGGAGAAGCGGCAACGGGACCAGCAGCGAAGGGCGAAGAUUUCCGAAAACCGCAAACACCUCGCUAAUGUGCGGGUGGUGCAGAAGAACCUGGUGUUUGUUGUGGGGUUGCCACCCAGAUUGGCCGAUCCGGAGAUUCUGAAGAAACAUGAAUACUUCGGAAAGUAUGGUAAGAUCCAUAAAGUGGUCAUCAACCCUAGUACGACGUAUGCUGGUGUGCAGGGUCCCUCGGCGUCGGCGUACGUGACGUACAUCAACAACAACGACGCGCUGAGGGCGAUCCAAAGCGUGAACAACAUCAUGAUCGAUGGUCGACUGAUAAAGACGAGCUUAGGUACGACGAAGUACUGUAGCCACUUUAUGAAAAACCAAACCUGUCCCAAGCCGGACUGCAUGUACUUGCACGAGCUGGGCGACCAGGAGGCUAGCUUUACGAAGGAGGAGAUGCACCAGGGGAAGCAUCAAGAGUACGAGAAGCGGUUGCACGAUGCCAUGCAGGCGCAGUUAGGUCUGACGUCUGCAUCGGCGGCAGCAACUGCAGCAGCAGGAGGCGGCGGCGUGCAUAGUCAAAAUGGUGGUAGUAGCAGUAGUACGGUGGCUGUCGUUUCCGGCAGUAGUACGGCCGCUACCGCUAGCACCAUCGCUGGACUGGCGACGUCGUCCAGCGCGGCGGCAGUGGUGGCGACGACGGCGGCAACUACGGCAGCGGCGGCCGUUGCGGCAGGAACAACUGCAGGUGCGUCCUCCACGCUGGUGGUAAAUGGCGGCAGUGCGGGUAGUGCGGGUAGUGGUGGUGGUAGUGGUGACAGUGGUGUACCCAGGUCUGGCGGCGGCAGCAACACCACCAGCGGCAGCGUCGGAAGGGCCACCAGCAAAUCGUCGUCCGGCAGUGAUAUAAAACAGAUUAGCGACAUUACCAAUGGACCGAUACCGAGCAAAGAAGCGUGGCCCAGCUUAUCGACGACACCGAACGGAAGUAGCAAUAAGGAGAAUAAACUUAACGGUAAAACAGGUGUUGGCAGCAGCAACAAGGAAAAUACGAAUCGAACCGACCGAAAGCACGAAACGAAAUCUCGCACUAAAGGGGGCAAAAAGCAGCAGCAGCUGCAACAACAACACAAUAACAAAAAUAGUCACGAAAAUUCCAGUAAUCAUAAAGAUAGUACAAGCAACGUGACUAGUGCCAACGGUGUUGUUGCGGCAACUGCGAAGGGCGCCGGAAGUGCGGCGUCGCUGGUGAACGGCAAGGGAAGCAAAGUUUCGGCGAACGGAACAAAUGGUAAGCAGCAGCGGAACGGUGCUAUUGGCCACGAUGCCAACGAAACGGCGAUCGUCAAUGGAAACAGCAAGGAAGCGCAGAACAACACGAAGAACCUCCGGCAGCAGCGCGAACGUGAGCGGGAACAGCUGCAUCAAGCCCUGCUUAAAGGUGAAAAUGGCGACCAACAGCAAACACAAGGCAAGAAGCGUGAAACGAACGGCAUUAGCAAUGGCUCGACGGCGAUCAGCAUUAGCAAUGGGACCGCAAAUGGAAAUGGCCAUAUUAUCAGUAACGAUUUGGACGAUGACGAUGAUGAGCUGGACUUUGAGGAUCUGGACAACGACGCACUGUCGUCGGAUAAUGAUGGCAAAACGGAUUCACCUUCGUUAAGUAGCUCGGCUUCAUCCCGGAACGGUGUGGACAGUGAGACGGCUAGCGGCAAGAGCACACCUGGCGGGUUUGUCGAUACGCUUAGUAGCAAUGGUGACAGCAACGUGAUAAACGCUGUGCCGGAAGGUGACGUUACCGUUGCGAGCACCACGGACGGAAGCGAAACGAAUGCCAUACCGAAACCCCGACCGGAUGCGGAUGCCGGUGAAUCGAAUCGCAACUCCUCCUCACCAUCGUCCAGCUCGUCGAUGGGCGAUGAAAAGGCGGACAGUGAAUGUAUUGUACCGGUGGCAUCGUCAUCCUCUACUACAACCUCGUUGUACGGUGGAUUGGAUGAUGGUGCGGAUAGCAAUUUGGCUGUGAUCGGUGCGACGAUCGGUAAACUUGCCGUCACUGACACCACCAACACCAGCACUAAUGGUGGUGGUAUCAUGAAUCACAAGUUUGCCAAUGAAUUGCUCGACAUGAGUGCACGGUACAGUAAGCUCGACAGCUUACUGGACGACAAUAGCAGCUUCUUCUCGUACAACGCGUUCGAUCCUUACGGCAAGCCGAGCGUGACGGGCACGACCGAGCUUGGUGUGGACAGUGCUAGCGGCAUACCGAACGUUGGCUUGACUUCUUCGCAACUUCCCGAUCUCUUAAGCGGUACAAACGACACAAACGAACAGCACGCAAAGGAGCUGCUGAAAAACAUGGGCAAUCUGCAGCAGCAGCAACAUCAACACCAGCAACAACAUCACCAACAGCACCAGCAUCAGCAGCAUCAACAGCACCUGCUACAGCAAGUUGCCCGUUUGCAGCAGCUGUCGGCAGGACUUAUCGGUAACGGUGAUAGCAGCAUGAUGGGCGUUGCUUCCGAUGAGCUUGACCCGACACUUAGCAAAUGUUUACUGCGGCAGAAGUACAUGUUGGAGGAUCAUCAGGAAGAGUGGCUUCGUCUGCAACAGCAGCAGCAGCAGCAACAGCAACUACAGCAGCAACAACAAGAGCAGCAGAAACGCAACCACCUGAACAAUGGACUGAAUGGACUACCGCCAUUCCAUAAUUUUAACGAAUUUGGAACGAAUGAUUUUUGGCACAAAACUCUCGCUAUGCGGAACAACUUCCUAAGCCAGCAACAACAGCAACACCAGCAGCAGCAUCAGCAGCAACAACAAAGGCUACAUACAGACAUGAGUCAGAUGUAUGGAAAUGCAAACAUGUCCAAGUUGAACAAGUUCUUCGACUUUCAUAAAAACCAACAGCAGCAGCAACAACAGCAGUUUUUACUCAAUGGACAAACUUCAAUCCCACAGCAGGCGCUAGACAUGAACCUGUUAGCGCACGAGAGCAACCGUUUAAAUGGCCAUUUUCUCGAACAACACAACGAAAGUUUAUUAAGUUCUCAGCAGCUUCAAAAGCAGCGGCUGCUUAACAUCAAUCUGGGCACACACAAUCCACUGCUGAACGGUAAUGAGCGCUCAAUGCAACAACAUAAGGCUGCUGUAGCGGCAGCGGCGGCCGCAGCAGCAGCUGCAGCUGCAUCGCAACCACCACAGCAGUCGGGCAACAGAACCCAACAGCAACAGCAGCAGCAGCAGCAACCACCACAGUAUGCCCAAAAUCCGACCGUUGACGAUGAGCUUGGGUUCGAUCCGUUCUUGGAGACGCAAAAGGCGCUGGCCGAAUUGAUGAACGAUGAAAUGAAUCAGCAACAGUUGCCCCAGAGCGCUUCUAACCAUAGCAAAUUGCUGGAAAACGUCCAGCAGCAGCAACAGCAACAACAACAGCAACAACAGCAACAACAUCAGCAACGUACCCGAAUGCCGCCACCAGGCUUCAAUCACAUGAACGCUUUCGGUUACGGUGUACCUCGGGCACAAGGCAGCAAAAUUUUGCCAUUCAUGAACGGUGGCGGUAUGCAGCAAAUACCUAACGGACAGCAGCCACAACAACCGCCCCAAAAUGGCAUCUGGAAUCCGCAGAUGCAGCAGCCAUUCCUAGGAUAUCAGCAAAAUGAGCACAUGGCACCAGCUCAACAGCCAAACGGUCUCAACAAAGCAGCGUAUGGCAACAAUCUCUCCGACUGGACGUCGAUGGAUCCGGCCAUCGUUUCUUACCGUCAGUUCUCGUUCAUGAACGGCCCCAACCAACCGGCCGGGGGUGACAUGUUUCUGAAUGCUCAGCAGCAACAGCAGCAGCAGCAAAUGAAUCAGCCGCAAAAUCUUCAACCUGGACAAGGUUUCGGACACCAUGGUCUCAACUUGCAGUCGAACCUGAUGGGUCAACAGCAGCAACAGCAGCAACAACAGCAAGCAAAUCCACAGCUUAACUUUUCUCAUGUCAACAUCAUUAACAACGAGCGAAACGUUUUCAUGUACGAAGUGGCCGCCAACUGCGGUUUCCCGAACGGUUUCGACAAGUACUCGAUCCCGAUGCCACCGGGCUUUCAGAACAACGUCCCCGGCAACAACAAGCAGAAAACUGAAUGCAUCAACUAAAAAAAACCC